GUGAAAACAAUAUAUUGACAGUGCUUUUGUCGAAUUGAUUACUAUUUAUAUUGAAUUGCUACGUCCGAAUUAGACAUUGUUUUAUUAUGUUGUGAAAUUAAAAGGUGCCGAAUAUUUUCAGGGAAUCUAAUUAAUCAGAGAGCAAUGGCUGCGAUGGAGCAAUUCUCUCAUGAUUUGACACUAGCGUUGGAGGAAUCAUCGAGAAGUGGUGCAAAUUUUCAGAAUAGAUGGGGAUUACAUAGACGUACUAGAUCAACAGGAAACUUGCAGGACAGUUCGAGCAGCCCCCUAGAAUGCUUUAGACCCCAAGGUGUUCCAGGGUUAGACGUUCAACAAAUAAUGCACAGUGACAGCGAUGAAUCCCAUGCUCAAAGGCUAAAUCUCAAUUCACAGAAACUACUUGGACUUCAUGCUGGAAAUUUUGAAUCAGAUUCCUUCAAUGAAAACUUCUCACCAAUGGGUGGCAAUGCAGUGAUUGCAGGCAACGCUGCACUAUCUGCUCACGGAGGAGUUGUAACCAGGAUCAGUGCAAGGCGUAAGAGGAAAUUCAAACGUUCAACUAUUGAGUAUGAAACUACAACAACCCCGAGUACUCCUAAUCUAUCAUGUUCACUUAACUUUCCUGUCUCUGGCAAUAUGCUCAAGAAGAAGAGAUCGUAUAAGCAUUCUGCAAGUGGUGGAGGACAAGAGAAUUUCAGGGCCAAUUUGUUUUUCUGCGGGAAACGCAAGAGGUGUCACAGGGAAAGAUCUAUGGAUUGUGAGAUGCGAGAUUCUAAGGGCCACAGAUUUACUAGCAAAUGUUCGUAUUUAGAGUACAAAACGUGUAAGAAACACGACAGGCAUCCAUCAGGACUACGAUUGCACGAGAAAAUUUUGCCAUUAAACAAGAAUAUAGUAUCAAAAAUUGAGAAAAUCUCUAAAGACAGCAAACAUUUUAUAGAUCCUUUCAUCCGCAAAAAUAGCAAUCCCAUACAAAAGGUUGUGAAAUUAAUGGAGACUGACCUGAGUAUAACGCAGCAGCCUCCAACCCCGACAGCUCCCAUAUCGGCUAAGCCAAGUGUCCUAAAGUCACAGACCAUCAACAAGAAUGCCUUCCAGAAAAGUGCCAGUCUGGACAGCUGCGGAGCCCUGGCUCGAUUUGCAGCAACUGGCAGGUGGCAACAUCAGCACCCGCAGCCACAGAAACAGGACAGACGAUGCGAAUAUCUAUACAGAAAACAUGCAUUUAGGAAUCCUUAUGCUCCUGCGAUGGCUGGUGGCCAUCACCAACAUAUGGAUGAAGAUGAAGGUGUUAUGGAUUGUUCGAAUACUACGGGUGGAUUUGUUAGUUCCAGUUCGUUAAGUUCAAGUGAUUCUGAGGCCGUUCUUACUAAUGAAAGUGACAGAGAAGGUGAUGAUGAGCUGACAGAUUUUCCUGGAAACGAAACGAUGGCAUCUAUACAGCAGCAUCAAGUACGCACAAACUCUGGACAUGAAAAGCAGCACAGGACAAAAUUAUUAUUAAGUGGCAUGCACAACCAGCACAUUCAACUAGGACAAAUAUUACCAUCGGCUCAAGUAUCAUCACCAGUACAUGUUACAUCACCAGUCAGAACUGCGCUGGUUGCAACUUGUCCCAUGGACGAUGACAUCAUGUGGGGCGCAGGAGCUGGUGCCGGGAGUUGUUCGGGUGGUGAUGGAAGUUUGGGGGACGUCAGUUCUGACCCAGUUUCUGGUUUGGAUGUUCGUGAAAUAAGAGCUGGCUGUAGGCGGAUUAGAGAAGAAAGGCCGGGGUUUACAGUGUUGACAUCAGCUAAUGAAUUAUUGUCAAGAUUUUUGCAAGACCGGCACCAGGCUGAAUUACGUCUUGGAGCCCUGGACGCUGCAGAGAUUGAAAAACUUCGGUCACUUGCAGCCAUGUACUCGCUGGACAUGACUACAACACCAGAAAGAACAAUACUAACAAAGACUAGUAACACAAUGCAAGCCGUGAAGGUGGAACAGACCAACUUGUCUCAAAGGUUGUUAACAGAUUUCAAACGGAGAUGCUAUUCGAGUCCUGGACACAAGCAUAACCAGCCAGAUUCUGAUAACAACUGAACUUUCUGAUAUAAAUAUUAGAAUUGAUCUCUUUGACUGAAGAAGACUCUUCACACUGGUCUCAUUUAUAAAACGGAGUUUUGAAAUUGCG